CGAACCGAUCGAUUUUUUGCUAGCAGAAGGUUGUUUCUCGGUUGCUGAGACGCUGAAGGAUAGGCGUGUUGUGAACUUGAACAGAAGGACAUGGGGCGAACGGCAACACUUGCAACAUGUACCCUAAACCAAUGGGCUAUGGAUUUCGAAGGAAAUAUGGCAAGGAUUUUGGAGAGUAUACAGAAAUCCAAAGAGUUGGGAGCCAAAUACAGACUUGGUCCAGAAUUAGAAAUUUGCGGGUAUGGAUGUGGAGACCAUUUCCUGGAGAGUGACACGUUCCUACACAGCUGGCAAGUGUUGGCCAACCUGCUGUCAUCUCCAGAGACACAGGAUAUCCUCUGUGACGUGGGCAUGUAGGUGAUACAGAGGGAUGUUGGCGUCCUACUUAACUGAUUUUAUUUUUGUAGAAAAAUUCUAUUGAUCCGACCAAAGAUAGCACUAUGCAAUGAUGGCAAUUAUCGAGAGACGCGCUGGUUCACAGGUUGGUCCAAACGUAAGAUGACAGAGGACUACUUCCUGCCUCGAAUGAUACAGGACAUCACCGGACAGAAAACGGUGCCAAUUGGUGACGCUGUGAUAUCUACACUGGAUACAUGUAUCGGGAGUGAGAUCUGCGAGGAAUUGUGGACGUCACACAGUCAGCACAUCGACAUGAGUCUGGACGGGGUGGAGAUCAUCACCAAUUCCAGUGGAAGUCACCAUGAGCUGAGGAAAGCCUAUGUCAGGGUGGACCUCAUCAAGUCGGCCACCAUGAAGUGUGGAGGUGUUUACAUGUUUGCCAACUUCAUUGGAUGUGAUGGAGAGCGUACUUACUACGAUGGCUGUUCAGCUAUUGCUGUCAACGGCCAGAUGGUAUCCCAAGGUCCUCAGUUCUCCGUACAGGAAGUGAUUGUAGACACUGCCACGGUUGACCUCGAGGAUGUGAGAGGUUACAGAAACUCAUUACGGAGUCAUUCCUUAAGGGCAUCACAGAGUACAUCCUAUCCCAGAGUGCAUUGUGAUUUUGCCGUGACAAACAACGACUUCUUCAGACCCACAUCAGACACCCUGGAGUGGCAGUAUCACACAGCAGAGGAGGAGAUAAGUGAUGGGCCCGCCUGCUGGCUUUGGGACUAUCUGAGACGAAGCGGCCAGGGUGGAUUCUUUCUGCCACUCAGUGGCGGCAUCGACAGCUCGAGUACUGCCUGUAUUGUGGCAUCCAUGUGCCACAAGAUCUGUGAAGCUGUUAAGAAUGGAGAUACCAAGGUGCUGUCUGAUGUGCGGCGUAUCAUCGGAGACGGAGCAUAUGUUCCUCAGGACCCACGAGAGCUCGCGAACAAGGUAUUCACCACCUGUUAUAUGGGAUCUGAGAACAGCUCUCAAGAGACAAGGGACCGUGCUGCAGGGCUGGCUCAGCAGAUCGGCAGUUUCCAUCUGACAAUCAGUAUAGACCUUGCCGUGGCAGCCUUUCUCAGCAUCUUCACAGCGACAUUGAAGCUAGUGCCCAGAUUCAAGGCCAUGGGAGGAAGUCCAAGGGAGAACCUGGCUUUACAAAAUGUGCAGGCACGGGUGCGGAUGGUUCUAGCCUAUUUGUUUGCCCAGUUGGUGUUGUGGGCGAGAGGAAGGUCUGGAGGUCUUCUGGUGCUGGGGUCAGCCAACGUAGACGAGAGUCUACGAGGAUACAUGACCAAAUACGACUGCUCCAGUGCCGAUAUCAAUCCUAUAGGGGGGAUCAGCAAGACCGACUUGAGGAGCUUCAUACAACAUUGUAUCACCAAGUUUGGAUUUACCACACUUGAAAAGAUUUACGAUGCUCCUCCGACUGCAGAGUUGGAACCUCUAUCCAAUGGUCAACUGGCUCAGACGGAUGAAGAGGACAUGGGGAUGACCUACGAAGAGUUGUCUAUAUAUGGUCGUCUAAGGAAGCAGAAACAAUGUGGUCCGUACAGCAUGUUCUCCAAACUGGUUCAUACCUGGGCAAACAGGUAUUCUCCUGAACAGAUUGCCCAGAAGGUGAAGCAUUUCUUCCGAUGUUAUGCCAUCAACCGUCACAAGAUGACGACCUUGACCCCAUCCUAUCAUGCCGAAUCUUACAGUCCAGACGACAAUAGGUUUGACCAUCGUCAGUUUCUCUACAACGCCUCGUGGUCAUGGCAGUUUAGCUGUAUAGAUGAACAGACUCGGAAACUUACGCUACUGUUUGAGGAGCGAACAGACCAGAAGACAGACAGAAUCCCGUCACAGAGUCGUGAUGUUAACAGUUUCAAUGCUAGUAGCAAUGUUGACAACAGCAAGAUCACAAAGCAAGGCUGGGGAUCGGGAAUGUCCAAUGUGGGUGUGGAGGUCCCCAUAGGGGAUCUGGGCACCAGUAUUGAGUUAAAUCACCUCAAAGGUGAAGGUCAAAUAGCGUCGAGGCAUUCCGAGGUUUCAGAAAACUCCAAGCUGGAGAAAGAGGAUGUUUUUGUACCUGACCAAAAAAAUGGUGCUAAAAGUAUACCCGAAGAGGAUAAUGGAAGGAUGCAUGUUCUAAGAGUGGUCAGUAAAUGUGGUUCCAUCUGUGAUGGACAAGAUCAAAGGAGAGGCACGGAAGAAGAAGUAAACAGAUGUACUGGCUCCACCUCUGAAGAACAGGAGAUGGGAAGGGGAAUUGGAGGAGAAACAGUCAACAGAUGUUGCUCCAUCUCUGAUGGAUUGGAUGUGGGGAGGGGCAUGGGAAGAGAAGAGUUAAAGAGAUGUGGCUCCAUCUCUGGCCGACCGGAUAUGGGGUGGGGCUUGGGAGGAGGAGUGGUUGGGAGUUGUGGUCCAGCCUCUGAGGGCUUGGUACAGGGUCAUAAGAGGGAGUAUGUGGGUGGGACCGCAAUUGGGGGGAAGCGCUUUAAGCCGAUACAGGGGAUCGCCUGAGCUAACAGUAUAGUAUACCAUGUUGCUGUGAAUGCACCAUUAGUCACACGAUAUGUCCAGAUGUCUACUAGGGCCCAUUCAAAGCCGGGUUAGUGUCAGCUUGAAAAUAUAGAAAUGCAAAAUUUUCCUUGAAGAUAUUUUGAAAAAUGCGGAAACUAUAUCCAUGGAUGUGUGAGGUUUUACAAUGAUUAUUUGAGGACAAAUUUUGUGAACAUUCUGAUUAAUUUUCAUUGGCUAGAAUUUUAAAGUUUGGCCCUUUCACCACUAUAGCCCAUGAGGGACUUAUCCAGAUCAAGACAUGGUAGAGUUUAUUAAAGUUACAUGUACAUAGGGGUGAAAGGGUUGGGAGUUGUGAGUUGACAAAACGUUUACAUCAGAACCAAAUACUGCAACAUGCUCACUAUAAUUUUGUUAUUCAAGAAGACAACUAUAACUUCAAUAGAAAUUCAAGGUGACAAUGUCAAACAUAUUUUCAUGAUAUAUGUCUGUUAUAAUAGUUGAUUAUGUAGAAGAAAAAAAUGAUAUUUUUUAAUUUCGCGAGAAAUUUCAUAGAAAUGUAUUACCUGUAAACAUGUACUAUUGAAAAUCGUUUUAUAUAUAUUCACGUUUAUGCAUCAGUUUGAAUAUGAAUAAUUGUUGUGUGAUUUUGUUGAGCAGAUUCAUGACAUAAACAGCAACCAGAUUGCUGCAACGGUUUGGGCCGGCUGUGUGAUCAUUGAUCAUGCUAUAUUUACAUUCCAACUGUCUUUGGCUUAUUUAUGAAGUUAUACAAUUUCCAUUGCAAUCUUAAUUAGCACUGCUUAGUAGUGGGUUUGGAUUCCAGUAAUUUUAUAUCAUUUACGUUGUGAAAUAAAUAAACAUCACGUUGUCAGUUAUCAGAUUUUAAACCAUUGAUAACAAAUUUUGUAAGGUUAAAGUGGCAAAAUAAUUAGAAUUAACACGUAGACAACAAACUGCACUUUGUAAAAUGCAAAAUGGGUUUGAGUGGUGUCCCAGCUACAGAGAAAAUCGCUGAGACAAGAUUGUCCUCGCCCAUCUCUGGAUGAGUCACUUAUAGUACAUUACCUAUUCUUAUUUAUUGAAGCGCAUAGAUCAGCCUCAAUGCGUAGCAUGUCACAAACCGUUUACAGUAAAACACUUGUUAUUAGACUGCAAUGACCUUCAGCCAACAAGAGAAAAAAUUAAUAAUAAUAUA